AUGCGUUCUUUAACCGCGGUUCGUGGGGUGGAUCCCUUGCCAGAAUUGGGUAUUACAUCUGGUUUACAAGUUGACGAAAAUCCCGAUGGUGAAAUGGCCGGCGCGCAGGAUACGAUUUACUUGUGUAAUUUUCGCGUAUCAGUCGAUGGAGAGUGGCUGUGUUUAAAGGAGCUACACGAUUUAGAAAUGCAGGAUUCUUACACUCGACAGUCUGACAACGGAGCUAUUACGUCUCCAGACGAUCCUAUGCAUUCUCUGAUGGCUCGCGAUCCUGUCGUAAUUGAGCGCAGCAAUCUGGUGAAUAUUUCGAAGCUGAUUGUUAAGGAACUCAUUGAACAAUCGCUUCGUUAUGGCCGGAUGCUCGACAGUGACCAUUUGCCGUUACAUCACUUCUUUAUUGUUCUCGAGCAUGUUAUGCGGCAUGGACUUAAACCUAAAAAGGGUCUACUUGGUCCGAAGAAGGAAUUGUGGGAUAUACUUCAAAUGGUCGAAAAGUACUCGCCAGAGGCAGCUGAUAUUACAGCCAGCAUCAGAGAUUUACCGACUGUCAAGACUGCCAUGGGUCGAGCGAGGGCUUGGUUGCGUCUCGCCCUCAUGCAAAAAAGACUUGCUGAUUAUUUGAGAAUUUUACUUGAACAUCGAGAGGAAACUCUCGAGGAAUACUUCGAGCCUCACGCCUUGAUGCUGAACGAAGAAGCCGUUAUUAUAACAGGGUUGCUUGUCGGACUUAACGUUGUUGAUUGCAAUCUUUGCGUCAAAGAGGAAGAUUUAGACAGUCAGCAGGGUGUUAUAGACUUCUCGUUGUACCUCCGCGGCAGCAAUUCAUCAAAUGAUUUAGCUGGAAACGGAAACGGUAAUAACGAGCCCAAACAACGCCACAUUAAUACUAUGUUGGAUCAAAAGAACUACAUUGAAGAACUGAAUAGACAUCUCAAUGCAACAGUUACAAAUCUACAAUCUAAAGUGGAAAGCUUGACUACAACAAACGCUUUAAUGAAGGAAGACUUGGCUAUCGCGAAGAACACUAUGAUCAGCUUGGUUGAAGAGAACAAUCAACUGAAACAUGCAUUAGGUCAGGACAUCACUAAAGAUAGCAGGAUGAAAGUGAUGGAAAUGCAAGCUGAGGAAGAGGAAAAGAGGAGCGUCAAGAGCAAUACGUCUGAGAAAUCCAAAAACGAAAAGGAAACUGAAUUUUGUAAGAGUUUGGAGGAAGAGAGGAAGAAAAAUGCGGAACUGCAAAAAGAAUUAGAUUUGCAGAUUUCUUUAAAGGCUGAAAUGGAAGUCGCUAUGAAACUUCUAGAGAAAGAUAUACACGAUAAACAAGACACAAUUAUAUCACUGAGACGACAAUUGGAUGAUAUUAAAUUGAUAAACCUGGAAAUGUACAAAAAGUUACAGGAAUGUGAAAGUUCCUUGAAACAUAAAACUGAACUAAUAGCCAAAUUGGAAGCAAAGACUGAGUCAAUGGGCAGCACGAUACAUCAACUUGAUGAAAAGUUACAGGAAGACAAAGCAGCUAGAAAGAAUUUAGAAGAAACCGCUAGAUCUUUGGGACAGAAAGCUACAACCGCGGAGAUAAGGGCCGUAGCCGCUGAAGGAGAUCUGAGGAUAGAAAGGGAGUGGAGAGUCUCAUUACAGGAAUCGAUGGUUCGGGAUCGUGACAAAAUAUCUGUACUCACACAAGAAGUGGAAUCUCUAAAAUCUAUAGGACAGAAAUACAUGUCGCUACAAGAAGAACAGCAUCAAUUAAAGAUUCAAUAUAGCGAAGCACAGAAAACUCUAGAAGAAGUUGGCGCUACUUUAAGUGAAAAUAAACUGCAAUUAGCUGAACUUUUGGAGAGAGAAGCAAAAUCCAAUGAAGAUACACCAAACUGGACAAGCGAUAAAGACGCAGUAGCAUGUACAGCUUGCUCGAAAGAAUUUACUAUUGCUAGAAGAAAACAUCACUGUAGACGGUGUGGCCAUAUAUUUUGCGGGGCGUGUAGUGAAAAAACUGUAGCGCUUGCUGGCAACACCAAACCUGUUCGAGUUUGUGACAAUUGCUUCGCUGAAGUUAGAGUGACGUAG